GCGGAGCGAACCGAGCCGCGCACCCGCCGCCGCCGUCGCCCCGCGCGCCCCGCUCUCCUUGCGCCGCACUCCAGCCAGGCGCCGGUGCCCCGAGCGGCCGCCCGCGGAGCCCGCGACAGCCCCCGCGGGGCUGGCAGCAUCCUCGCGGCGCCCAGCCCCCGCACGUUCCCGGCCUUUUAAAAGGACCUCCCGCCACUUCCCCACUCUGCCCAGGGAUCCCCCAGCCCCGCGCUGCUCCCCGCUCCACUUCGAAGCAACUUCGGCUGCCGCGCGCCGCCAGCCCUCGCCCGCCUUUGAAGUUUGCAGCGCCCACCGCAAAGUUGGGACACUUCGGCCGAUUUAAUUUUUCUCUAUUAUCGGCCUCCUCCUCCGCCUCCCAGCCCCUUCGGUUCCUGAGUACUGGUGCUUAGCAUCUUGGCCGGUGCCGGGGACGUGGACUGUUUCGCACACCACACCUCGUGGAGGGAUUUUUCCUCUCGCCCUCCCAGGAAAAGCAAACCGAUUUUUUUUAAGUGUCUCAGUCCAGAAAGUCAGGAAGCAUCCUUCCUCUGUCAGAACACCUACUCUUUAAACCGCUCUGUUCUGUUUAACAGCUUUGUCAGGAUGGUGCCUCUCCAUUGGUGUCUGCUGUGGUUGCUACUACCACUCAGCUCAAGGACUCAGAAGUUACCCACUCGAGAUGAGGAACUUUUUCAGAUGCAGAUCCGGGACAAAGCAUUUUUUCAUGAUUCAUCAGUAAUUCCAGAUGGAGCUGAAAUUAGCAGUUAUCUCUUUAGAGACACACCUAAAAGGUAUUUCUUUGUGGUUGAAGAAGACAAUACUCCACUAUCAGUCACAGUGACUCCCUGCGAUGCACCUUUAGAGUGGAAGCUGAGUCUCCAAGAGCUGCCAGAAGAGGCAAGCGGGGAAGGCUCAGGUGACCCAGAGCCUCUGGAGGAACAGAGGCAGCAGAUCAUUAAUGAGGAAGGCACAGAAUUAUUCUCCUACAAAGGCAAUGAUGUGGAGUAUUUUAUAUCUUCUAGUUCUCCAUCUGGUUUGUAUCAGUUGGAGCUUCUUUCAACAGAGAAAGACACACACUUCAAAGUCUAUGCCACCACAACCCCAGAGUCUGAUCAGCCCUACCCCGAAUUACCUUACGACCCAAGAGUAGAUGUCACGUCCCUGGGACGCACCACAGUCACCUUGGCCUGGAAACCGAGCCCUACAGCGUCUCUGCUGAAACAACCCAUUCAGUACUGUGUGGUCAUCAACAAAGAGCACAAUUUCAAAAGUCUCUGUGCCGUUGAAGCAAAACUGAGUGCAGAUGAUGCUUUUAUGAUGGCUCCAAAACCCGGGCUGGACUUCAGCCCCUUUGACUUUGCCCACUUUGGAUUUCCUUCAGAUAAUUUGGGUAAAGAACGCAGCUUCCUAACCAAGCCUUCCCCCAAACUGGGGCGGCAUGUCUACUCGAGGCCCAAGGUUGACAUUCAGAAAAUCUGCAUAGGAAAUAAGAACAUCUUCACCGUCUCAGACCUGAAACCCGACACGCAGUAUUACUUUGACGUCUUCGUGGCCAACAGCAACAGCAACAUGAGUACGGCUUACGUGGGCACCUUCGCCAGGACCAAGGAAGAGGCAAAACAGAAGACGGUCGAGCUCAAAGAUGGAAAAGUGACAGACGUAUUUGUCAAACGGAAGGGAGCCAAGUUUUUGCGGUUUGCCCCGGUCUCUUCACACCAAAAAGUCACUUUCUUCAUUCACUCUUGUCUGGACGCUAUCCAGAUCCAAGUGAGAAGGGAUGGGAAGCUUCUUCUGUCGCAGAAUGUGGAAAGCAUUCGGCAGUUUCAGCUCAGAGGAAAACCUAAAGCCAAGUAUCUCAUUCGCCUGAAAGGACACAAGAAAGGAGCAUCUAUGUUGAAAAUACUAGCGACCACAAGGCCGAGUAAGCAGCCAUUUCCCUCUCUUCCCGAAGACACAAGAAUCAAAGCCUUCGACAAGCUCCGCACCUGUUCUUCGGCCACGGUGGCUUGGCUGGGCACUCAGGAGAGGAACAAGUUCUGCAUCUACAAAAAGGAAGUGGAUGAUAACUACAAUGAAGACCAGAAGAAAAGAGAGCAAAACCAAUGCCUCGGACCAGAUACAAGGAAGAAAUCGGAAAAGGUCCUCUGUAAAUAUUUCCACAGUCAAAACCUACAGAAAGCAGUGACCACAGAAACAAUUAAAGGACUUCUGCCUGGAAAAUCUUACCUGCUGGAUGUUUAUGUCAUAGGACAUGGGGGGCACUCAGUGAAGUAUCAGAGUAAAGUCGUGAAAACCAGGAAGUUCUGUUAGUUACCUCACAGAGAGAGAUACUAUUACAUAGAACUGCAGGAGAGACACGAAAUCACUUUCAGUAUAAACUGACUACUCCCACAGCUGAGAGAAGUUGUGACUGGUACUGGGGAAGGAAGGAUAUCAACUUGUGUACAUGGAUGUUUAUAUGAGUAACUGUUGAGGAGCCUUGUUCUAGUGUGCCCCGAUGGCACCUAGCGUGUGUCUGCUGCCCGUGGAUGUCAAAGAUAGAGGACAUCUUGAAGGAACUGCCAUCUCUUGCUUUGACCACUGCAUGAACUGCUUCUAAAUUAUUUUAUUACCUAAAAAUCUAAGAUAAUGCCAUUCAUUGCACACAUCCACAAAAUGCAAAUCAUUCCUCUCUAUAGAUGCUAGGAUAUAUAUAAAUUAUUUUAUAAAGUUGUUUUAAAUGUCAGUGUUUCUAUGAUUGUAAACUAUUAAAUUCUUUUCCUGUUAAAGUACAGAUCUAAUCUAAGUAUAUUAAGUGGACAGCCCUCUAGUCAGUUAUAUUGCUAUUGUAAAUUCUUAUCCGUUGAGUAAAAUGUUUAAAUACUAUAUGUAUCUCAUGUACAAAGUUGACAUACAUUAUAUUCAUGUACAUAAAAUUAAAGAUAUUAGAUUAUAUACUGUUCAUUUUCCCAAGCAGCUACCACGGUGUAUUCAAUUUCUAUUCUGUUCACAAAACUGCGUCUUUAUAGAAUUUGGCACCAGAAUUGACCCUUUUUUUUUUUAACAGUUAAGAAAGCAUGUUGCAUCUCUCUAAAGUUUCUGUGGCAUUAGAGAGAGUUGCUACAAUUUGUAUUUUGACACUGAAUUGGAGCUGGAGCCAGGUAUCAGCAGGGUUGAGGGAGCUCUAAUAGACUUGUUUUAAAAGAAUAGGAUAAGCCAAACACUGUAGCUUGGUAAGUGUUCAACAAAUCAUUCUUAAUGACCUAAAAUGUAUUUCAUUUAUUUUAAACAUAAGCAUCUGUUUUAAAUACAAAAUUGGGACAUUGCAAGUAUUUUCCAUCUUCUUGAAUAUUAGCAAAAUAUUUCUUUUAAUUUCUACCUGAAGCAGUCUAGCAACCACCAGUUAGGACUCGAGCUAGAAAUGAGGAAACGACAGAAGCUACUGUUUUGUAACAUUAACAGUCUGAUACUUUGAUUUGUCACGAAUUUUUACAAAGUAAUUUAGGUGUAAGAUAAAAUAUAGGCAAAUAAUAACAGAAACCGUUUAGCAAAGACUGCACAAAGAGCCGCUUCAGAUGGUUUCAUUCUCCACAGUUCUAUACAUGAGAUGUCACGAGAACAUUGGCUCAGGAUUCAGAGAGUGUAAAGUCUGUCAUCACCAAAGCCACAUAACCUUAAGAAAAUCUAGUAACUCCCUUUGCCCCCCUUUUCCAUUUAUAAAUUAGGUGGUGACAGAUUCAGAUAAGGAGACAUUAUAAGAUACCUUCUUUAUAAGACAUUGUCUUUUGUAGAAUUCUGUGAGUCUUAAAUUGCAAGGUGCUCCUGUAACUACAAGUGGGGACAGAUAUAAUCUCUUAACCUCUACACUGUCCCCUACAUGCAGGCACCACCUUUCAUACAGUGGGCAUGCAUCCGUCGCAUUCCUAUGGAGCACAGAAUUGCUUUGGCUAAGAUAAGUAUAAGUGGUGGCCAAUAGGAAAGGUGCUCUGAUCACCUUAGGAUAAAAUAUUCCCGCUAAAAAUCUAUCCUCCCACUCCUCUAGGUUAUGAUAUUAAAAGGAAAUUGAUCACAUCCAGAUAAAACAGUAAUGACACCUGAAAGAAUUUUUAAAAAGAAAAAAAGAACACGUACCGAAGCCAGGUAGCCUAUCAGACUGGAAGGAGAACUUUAAAAUUGACAAUAUCCCAGAGAUGUUAACAUCCUAAGCUAUAAACGUGGUGCAUUUGGAGGGAGAACCAACUUUCUCAUAUUACUCACUAAUAUGUUAUUACAGACCAAAGUGCUAAAUGGAGCCACAGUGGAUCAAAGAGUUAUUGCAGCUUCUGAAGGCAAUGGACUUAACUCUCAGAUAUUGCUUAAUGCCUGGGAACCCCUGGGAACAGGGCCAACUCAAUUUAGCCAAGUUUUUGCUUUUCAGCCAGCUGUGAUGCUGGUUACUACAUAGUUUGGAUAAAUUUGAGAAUUCUUUCAUGGCCCCAGUGAAAUUUACCUUUUAGAACUUGUAGGGAAAUUAAAUACACAUUGUGAAACUUUUAUCAGUCACAAAGAAAGGGUAAAACCUAUUAAAAAUAAAGAUCUCAUUUACGAAUAUGUUAGAAUUUUAGCAGCACUCAGGUGAGCUGGAGACAAGAAAGAAAAAAAUUGUUCUUAAUUAACAAAGAACUAGAAAGUAGCUAAUACAAAAGCACCACCUUAUCUUCUUUAAACUCCAGGAUAGCUGUUUUGAGAACAGGGCUUUUAGAAUCCCAAGGAUAGCCAUAGUAUCAUUGAGGAGGGAAGAAUCUUUGAGGACACUUAAUUCAAGGUCACUCUCUUUAUUUUUCAGGUGCAGAAGAAAUUAAAGAUCAGAGAAAUAAAAAUAAAAUUCUCAUGGUCGAAACAGAGAGUGGAAUUGCCCAGAUUCGAAAAUAUUUACCAGAAUGUAAAUCACUAAUUCUUGAGGGGGAAAUGUGACUUGUGGAUCAUUUUCCAAAAGUAAAUAAUUUUUUUGUCUUAUUUAUUACUUAAAAGGAACUUAUUCUUAAAGGCCAUUUCAGAUUUUCUUAAGAAUGUGUGUAACCUAUGACUGACUUCAAACUUGUAAGAAAAAAAAUUAGUUAUUUUCAGAGACAUGAAGUAUUUUAGGUUUUCAUGCACAUACAAACUUGAGGCUAUAAGAUCAUUAAUCAACUAUUGUAAUGAUAAGCCCUGUAUUUUUUGAAUCGAAAACUAUUCAGAAUCUAUAAAAAAAUUAUAGCAGAUGAUUUUCUUGGUUAAAUUAUUUUGUAAUCAAUGUCUAGCUUAAAUUUUUAAGUGUGAAGCAUUAAAGCGUAUGUGCUGGAAAGGA